AUUGGGCUCUGUGGUUCAGGCAGCGUGACAGGACAAUGACCUUGGUUAAAGGUUUACUUCUCCCUGUCCCUGUGACAUACUCUGAUGAUCAGAGGGGCCAUUGAGAUGCUUGGAGUGGUCAGGGGUCAUCAAAGGGCAGCUGUCCACUAUAAAAGGGCUUGUCUGGAUCUCAGUCUGCACAGAGCAGCCUGAGACCAGCUGGAGGAAGGAACCCUCAAGGCUAUCUGUACUUACAGUUUCUGUGAAUUUUUCUGCUCAGUUUCAUUUAAAACAAUGGAAAACCGAGUGUUGACACUUUUCUGCACACUCAUCAGCACUUUAGGACUUGUUCUGUCCACUCAGGGUCAAAGAUUACACACAGGGCUUGAGAGAAAUUCACCGCUCAGAAACCUCACAUUCUACCACAGCAGCAGAUAUCCUCUGUACAUGAUGCAGCUGUACCGCUCAUUCAGGAAUGCUGACUCCUCUGUGUCAGUAUCUGUCAAUGAUGUCACUAUGCAGAGAAACAAUCCGCCGUAUAGAGCUAACUCUGUCCUGAGCCUUACGGCUAAAGGUUGCCACCAAGUUGGUGAAAAAUGGACCGUCACAUUUGACUUUUCGUCCGUCUAUGCUGGAGAAUUUAUGCAGUUGGCAGAACUGCGAAUUGGACUUCCAGCUUUUUCGGCAUCCAAGCGUGCCACCGUGGAUUUGUAUCACUCUCAAAAACAGAGCUGUGGGCUGGGAAGCACUUCCUGCCAAGAGGAGCCCCUUUUUCUGGGGAGCUUCAAUACCUCUCUGAGCAGCACAAAGUCUUCCUGGAAGGUUUUCAAUGUGACUGCACUGUUAAAACACUGGCUGUACCAGGGUGACCGAGUGUCCAACCAGGAGGCCUCAGGAGAAUAUGAGCCAGAGCACGGGAGUGGUGCUGGGGAAGAAAGGGAAGAGACUCAAAUGAGUGUAUUCAAGCAUUUGGGGCUUCAACAAAAACAAAGAAAAAUACACCAUCAAGUAAUCAACCGGGUCAUGAUGGUCAUCUUCUCCAAACCCAACACGGCACAGGAAGGUCACUCAGCCUAUAGCAUCAUUCACACUGUGGAGAAGUCAAAGUAUGUGACCAGGGACAGGUCCAGCAGUGACAGUCAGAGUAGGAGACACAAAAGAAACCGAAUGGAGUCACUGAUAAUGGUCGGCGGAGCUCCACCUACAGCCGAGCCCGUCCACAGACCUCUGUGUCCCUUAAAUAACCACAAUAAUCCCGUACCGGUUAAUCUGACUGUUUUUUUCCCCAUAUUCUUCCAGAGCCUUUUGCAUCAUCAUCAUCCAGAAAGAGUGACUUGUCCGUCCUGUGUGCCAACCCGCCUGAGUCCACUCUCCAUGCUGUACUAUGAGAAUGAUGAUCUGACCCUGCGUCAUCAUGAAGACAUGAUUGUGGAAGAGUGUGGCUGCCAAUGAAGAAUCAACCCUGUAAUGUACUGUAUAGUCAAAAAUAAUGACAGGAAGUGACUGAAAAGCUCAAAGUAUAUUUCAUCCAUAAUGGGAGGUACACAUAACAUAAUAUGUAUGGAGUGAGCUCCAUUGUGAACUCUUUAUGUCUAUUUAUACAUAUUGUAUAUGUUGUAUAUAAAAUAACUAAAAUAUUUUAUUAAAUCAUUUAUUUUAACGUGUAUUUCCUCUUUAUUUCAAUACUGCUGUUGAAAAUACUGUAUUGCACAAUUUAUUCAAAUAUAAAAUACACACUAUGCACAGUAUAAAUAAUUUAAGAAUAAAUAGAAGAAUAAAGAAACAUUUGUCCUAAUCUUUGAUCCAGUUCAGUCUGUACAGGUUACACUACAAAGUUUGCUCCAUCACUGAAGUCCAUUGUUAUUUUUCUCCUUAUGUGUCCUGGUUUGUCUUGGUUUUUGUCCUGAUACAAUUGACGUGUGCUAAUAAUUGUGAAGGUUGUAAUACCAAAAGGCUGCACCCGUUCAAAUGAAAUGUUAAACGUAAUCACAGAAACACAUCCUGCCUUUUGAGAAUUAACUUGCACUUCCCCAGAAAACAAUUAAAUAUAUAGCAUUUCACAAGUGAUAAUGUUAAUAUAGUAUUUAUAUUAGCUUUAUUUUGGUAAACUA